CGGUUGCCAUGGACCUGCAUAAGCAGUGGGAGAACACAGAGACUAACUGGCACAAGGAAAAGAUGGAGUUACUGGACCAGUUUGACAAUGAAAGGAAGGAAUGGGAGAGUCAAUGGAAAAUCAUGCAGAAGAAGAUAGAAGAGCUUUGCCAUGAAGUAAAGCUUCGGAGGAAAAUCAACAUGAAUGAACGUGCUAAGAUCCUUGAUCAUGAUCAUGAAAAAGCGAUUCAAGAUAAAGUGGUGGAAUCUUCUCCAAAUUACCCCAAUUCAGGACAAUGCGAAUUUACAGAGAUGAAUCACGGGGAUGGUCUGGAAAAAGAAAAUAAAACGGAGCAGAGCUUACUCUGUGAAGGAAAUCAAAUGUGUAAGGAACAAAAAGCAACAAAAAAGUCAAAAGUAGGGAUUAUUGAUCCUUUGGCCACAGAUAACCAAAAACAAUGUGGGGCAUGCCCUGGCCUGAGGCCUUCCAAGGUAGAGGACAGGAGCUGUUCUGGCGCCCUCAACACAGCUCUGGAAGAACUUGCCAAAGUUAGUGAAGAAUUAUGCAGCUUUCAAGAGGAAAUCCGAAAGCAGUCUAACCACAGAAGAAUGAAGUCAGAUUCUUUUCUUCAGGAAAUGCCCAAUGUAAUUCAAAUGCGUCACAGAGACCACAUGAUCAACGAUGGCCAGGGCAUUCUUCCAAUUGAUUUAGAAAAAGAAAAGCAGAAAAAUAGAAGGAAUCUGAGCUGUUCCAAUGCACUCCAAAGCAAUUCUAUGAAAAAAUAUGAAUUUGAUACAAUUGAUCUGCAAAGAAACGAAAUUCCACCACUUCCUCCUCCAAGAAGCACAUCUCGAAAUUUUCCCAGCUCAUUUUCUGAACAAGCUCAUGAAAGUUUGAAGGACAGUUUAGACCACAACAGCCACGUGGCCCAAGAGGGUCAAGGUGAAAGGAACUACAGUCCUGAUUUCCUUUUGAGGCUGUGUCUAAAUGAAGGGAAGACUUUGAAAGAUGGUAUCAUGUUCCCUUUGUUGGCACCCAAAACCAAAAUAGAUAACCAGCAUCCAUGUGAUGAAAGUGUUGGACUUGGCAUGUGGUCAUAUGACACAGGGAUCAGUGCAAAAAAUAGUCCCUCUACAUUGUGGUAUCAGAAAAUCUGCUCUACUCCCAAUAAGCCAAAAUGUGAAAAGAUGAUUCCAGAUCAUUCUGCUAAAUCUCAUCCUGAUCUUCAUAUAAGUAGUGACUGUAGCUCUUCAGUGACAGAGAGCAGUGGGUCACUUAGAAGUUUCAGUUGUGACUUUAAGAGGACAACUAGGAAUGAAAAGCUGGCAGCAAAGACUGAUGAAUUUAACAGAAUUGUAUUUAGAACAGAUAGAAAUUGUCAGGCAAUACAGCAAAAUCAAAGCUACUCAGAAUCAUCUGAAGAUCCUAAGCCCUGUGAUACCUUAAUUACUCAUACAGGUAACAUAUCAGAAAAUGAUGAUGUGUCUGAUAUUCUGAAAACCAGUGCCUGCACGCCCGUGCCUGUGCCCAGAGAAAAUGUGCCUGACAAUCCCACCAAAAAAUCCGCAACAGGCCUCGUCAGACAAAUGCAGGAACACAUGAGUCCUAGCAGUUAUCGGAGUAUGCUCCAAGAGCAUGACUGGAGACCAAGUAAUUUGUCUGGCCGGCCAAGAUCAGCUGAUCCUAAGUCAAAUUAUGGUGUUGUGGAAAAGCUGCUGAAAACCUAUGAGAAGUCAACAGGGCCUGCAUUGCAAAAUUCUAAAUGCUUCCAGGAUAAUUGGACCAGAUGUAAUUCUGAUGUCAGUGGUGGGUCCACAUUAAAUCAGCAUUUACAAAUACUUCAAUUAGAACAAGAGCUUCAGCAAAACACAGCUAUGUAUGGAGCACAGCAAGUUAAACGACGAGUAGAUUGGAAAAAGAUAACAGAGGAAUCCAUGGCAGUGAAAUCUUCACCUGGAAAAGGAUUUUCCCGACCUGCUAGACCAGCAAAUCGCCGUCUCCCAUCCAGAUGGGCCUCGAGAUCUCCAUCGGCGCCCCCCGCCUUGCAGAGAACUACCCCCAGCUAUACCAUUUCUCUGCAAUCUGCAGCAUCGAUGGUCUGAGUCUCUGGCCUGGAUUGCUAGAUGACAAAAGUCCUAAUUGCCAAACAGAGCAUUCCGAGUGUUUACAGCCAAUCCGGUCUCUUCUCUUUCAAGAUCACUGGGACAGACAGUUUAAAUCUUAACUUCCCAUCAGUCUUCAGUGUUUUUAAUCUAUGGAAUAAUUAUCUUCCUGUAUUUUGAUUUCUUAGAUCAGAAUUUUUUAAUGCCAUCUUCAUUAAUUUGCCAAUAUGAUUUAAGUCAAAACAAUGUACUAUAUUGUAUAUUCUAUCUUUCUUGCAAGUGGCAGAAAGCAAGGUUAUGUGCAUGGCCAUGUGUUUGUAGGUGCAUGUGUUGAAACAGGAAGUAUCCUAGUAUGUACUUAGAUAAGAAAAACUUCUGUGCUAGUGUUGACUUUGAAAUUAUAAUAUGUAUACCUAUAUAUUCUUUGUGUUUAUUUAAAAUUUUUGAAAAUAUACAGUACUAUUUCUAUUUUGUAUACCUUUUAAUAGGUAUCCACUUAAGGCAUUUGAGGUACAUAUAUUAACUAACCACUUUCUUGGUCCCAACUACAUUGAAAAAUAAGAAUUAUACACAUUAAUAACACUUGGUAGAUUUCUAUAUACAACUCAUAGUUUCUUAACCAAUGUAAGGAUGGACUAAUGCCAUUGAUCUCCUUGUUUAUUCUUUUAAUAAAUAAAAUUGUCACAGGUUUAAUAGAUCAGACUUCCAAAGCAAACAAAAUGUUCACAAAAUCUUUUGUAUAUCAUUUGGUAGUCUAUUAUGGCUUUAACCGUGUACUUGAUCCCCAGAGCCAUAUCAUGAGACUGCCUUAGAAACAACAGAACUUAAAAAUGAACUUAUUUUGUCAACUUCAGUAACAAAUAAUCCUUAAUAGGAUAUGAAAAUAAAUUCAAUUAUGUUGAAUUCUA